AUGGAAAAGUUGCUCAGCGUGGCAAUCGGUGGCGCUGCGGGUGCAUUGGCCCGUUACGGCACCGUCGUCAUCUAUCAACGAUAUUCGCCGACAACGUUUCCGCUGGCGAUCCUCACGGUUAACGUCCUCGGUUCGCUGCUCUUCGGCUUGGUCUGGGCGUAUGCCGAAGACCGUGACUGGGUGUCUGAGAACAUGCGUCUGCUGGUGUUGACCGGGUUCUUGGGAUCGUUCACUACUUUUUCGACGUUUGCUUUUGAUGAAGCGAUGUUUUUCCGUAGUGGGAGCUGGGCGAUAUUUGUCGCGAAUUUGCUCAUCAGCAACGCGGCGGCGCUGGCGGCGGUGUUUGUGGGUUUCAGGAUUGGGAAGGUAAUCUAG